GAGACCUAUCAGUGACUAGACGAGGGUGACCAAGAGCUUUCCUAUGGUGGCCAGCCAACAGCUGGCCAUGGGCAACGGUUCAAUCAAAGCCCCACGGCCAGAGGACAGAUGCCUGGCCUCCAGCCUCAAGGUGGAGCCUCAGGACAGUCCUGCGUGGGACACGGAGCCCCUGAGGCUCAGGAUAGCCCACCUGGAAGAGGAGCUGGCCCAGAGGGACCAGGAGUUUAAAGCCCAGGAGCUGCAGCUGCAAAGCCUGCAGAGAGAGCUGGAGGCUAAAGUCUCCCAGUUAGAAAAGCUCCAGGAUGCCAUCGGCUAUAACAGCCUGGGCCGCUCCGCUCCGGCUCCCAACCACCACAGCCACCGCCUGCUCAGUGUCAUCAACCAGGGUCCCACCCGCUUCCACAGGGUGGCCGUGGAGGUCCACCGCAGGCUCAAGGCUAAGGAGGGCGUGUCGGCCGAACCCACCUCAGGGCACUUCUGCGGGGGUUUCAGAGCCCACCAUGAGUCCAUAGAGAGGGCCCGUGUCCGCAAGGACUCCAGCACCAAGAAGCUAAUCAAUGAUGCUAUCAUGAACAAUGACUUCCUGAAGAAGCUGGAUCCCCAGCACAUGAGGGAGAUGGUAGACUGCAUGUAUGAGAGGAUCUACACUGAUGGCCAACUGGUCAUCCAGGAGGGAGAACCAGGGAACUACCUAUAUGUGCUGAUGGCCUGCUAG